ACUCCAAAUGCUCGGACAAGAGUCACACAGCCUCAAGAGCAGAGUGGCGGGAAGAUAUUGCGCUGAGGGAGAGAGAAACGCAGGCAAGAAGGAGGAGGGUCACCCUCCGCGAGGAAUGGGGAAAGGCUAGAGGUGGCAGGCAAACCGCCCUCUCCCACUUCACACACCCUGCUCGGGGGGCUCUGGAGGAGGGGACACCGCGGGCGGCGGCGUGAGAGUCCACGUUACCUGCGCGACGCCGCCCAGCCCCCUGUCCGCCCGGUAUUGGCAGGCAGCGGCGCGCUCUCCUCACAGCGCGGAGAGGCUGGGCCGGGCGAGGCGAAGCUGGCGAGAAACCGGACCUGCUUGGCGCUCCUCCCCGCCUGCGCCCAGCACGGCUGCCGCGGUCAUGACCGAUAACAUCCCCCUGCAGCCGGUCAGGCAGAAGAAGCGGAUGGACAACAAGCACCGCGGCGGAUGUUGUGAAUGCCUAAGAUGUUGUGGAAGAAGAGACCCCAGGCCUCGAACUGUUUGGCUCGGCCAUCCAGAAAAGAGGGAUCAGAGAUAUCCACGCAAUGUCAUCAACAACCAGAAAUACAACUUCUUUACUUUUCUACCAGGAGUCCUGUUCAACCAAUUCAAGUACUUCUUCAACCUCUACUUCUUAUUUCUUGCCUGUUCUCAAUUUGUUCCUGAAAUGAGGCUUGGUGCACUUUACACAUAUUGGGUUCCACUGGGCUUUGUGCUUACUGUCACCAUCAUCCGUGAGGCUGUAGAGGAGAUCCGAUGUUACAUGCGCGACAAGGAAGUGAACUCUCAGAUUUACAGCAAGCUCACAGCAAGAGGCACAGUGAAGGUGAAAAGUUCUAAUAUUCAAGUGGGGGACCUUAUCAUUGUGGAAAAGAACCAACGGGUCCCUGCUGACAUGAUCUUCUUGAGGACAUCAGAAAAGAACGGGUCCUGCUUUCUCCGAACGGAUCAGCUGGAUGGUGAAACGGAUUGGAAGCUGCGUCUGCCUGUCAGCUGUACUCAGAGGUUACCUACUGCUUCCGACCUUCUUCAGAUCAGGUCAUAUGUGUAUGCAGAGGAGCCAAACAUUGACAUCCACAACUUUGUUGGGACAUUCACAAGAGAGGACAGUGACCCUCCUGUGAAUGAGAGUUUGAGCAUUGAAAAUACCCUCUGGGCUAGCACAGUAAUUGCUUCAGGAACAGUUGUGGGAGUUGUUCUCUACACAGGGCAGGAGCUGCGCAGUGUCAUGAACACAUCAAAUCCACGGAGCAAGAUUGGUCUCUUUGACUUGGAAGUCAACUGCCUCACCAAGAUACUCUUUGGGGCCUUGGUGGUGGUCUCCCUUGUCAUGGUCUCCCUUCAACACUUUGCUGGCCGCUGGUACCUUCAGAUCAUCAGAUUUCUUCUUCUUUUCUCAAAUAUAAUUCCUAUCAGUUUACGGGUGAAUCUUGACAUGGGAAAAAUUGUCUACAGCUGGAUGAUCCGGAGGGAUUCUAAAAUUCCUGGCACAGUAGUUCGAUCUAGCACAAUCCCAGAACAACUAGGAAGAAUAUCCUAUUUGCUUACUGAUAAGACAGGGACCCUAACACAAAAUGAGAUGGUUUUCAAACGUGUCCAUCUUGGAACAAUGGCUUAUGGAUUUGAUUCCAUCGAUGAAGUUCAGAGCCAUAUCUUUAGCAUAUAUACGCAGUCCCAGGAACCACCUGCUUUAAAAGCACCCAGCCUAGCUACCAAAGUACGAAAAACCCUGAGCAGUCGUGUCCAUGAGGCAGUGAAAGCAGUUGCUCUCUGCCACAAUGUGACUCCUGUCUAUGAAUCAAAUGGUGUGACAGAUCAAGCUGAAGCUGAGAAGCAUUAUGAAGAUUCUUGCAGAGUAUACCAAGCUGCUAGUCCUGAUGAGGUGGCCCUGGUGCAAUGGACAGAAAGUGUUGGCUUGACCCUGGUUGGAAGAGAUCAGGCUUCUGUGCAGCUGAGGACUCCUGGUGGCCACAUUCUAAACUACACCAUCCUCCAGAUUUUCCCCUUCACUUAUGAAAGUAAACGAAUGGGAAUUAUUGUUCGGGAUGAAUCUACCGGAGAAAUAACAUUCUACAUGAAAGGGGCGGAUGUGGUUAUGGCGGGCAUUGUUCAGUACAAUGACUGGCUAGAGGAAGAGUGUGGUAACAUGGCAAGAGAAGGACUAAGGGUUCUUGUAGUAGCAAAGAAAUCCCUGUCUGAGGAGCAAUAUCAAGAUUUUGAGGCCCGCUACGUCCAAGCAAAGUUAAGUGUCCACGAUCGCUCCCUGAAGGUAGCCACCGUGAUCGAGAGCCUGGAGAUGGAGAUGGAGCUGCUCUGUCUGACUGGAGUGGAAGAUCAGCUACAGGUGGAUGUCAGGCCAACCUUGGAAACACUGAAAAAUGCAGGCAUUAAGGUAUGGAUGCUCACAGGGGAUAAACUGGAAACAGCCACGUGUACAGCUAAGAAUGCACAUCUGGUAACCAGGUCUCAGGACAUUCAUAUAUUUAGACUGGUGACCAACCGUGGAGAAGCACAUUUGGAGCUGAAUGCCUUCCGCCGCAAGCACGACUGUGCCCUGGUGAUUUCUGGGGAUUCCUUGGAGGUAUGCUUGAAAUAUUAUGAGUAUGAGUUCAUGGAACUGGCUUGUCAGUGUCCGGCAGUGGUCUGCUGCAGAUGUGCCCCAACACAAAAGGCUCAGAUUGUACGCUUACUCAAGGAGAGAACUGGGAAGCUGACCUGCGCAGUAGGUGAUGGUGGGAAUGAUGUCAGUAUGAUUCAGGAGGCAGACUGUGGUGUUGGUGUUGAAGGAAAGGAAGGAAAGCAAGCUUCCCUUGCAGCAGAUUUCUCCAUCACUCAGUUUAAGCACCUGGGCCGGUUACUGAUGGUGCAUGGAAGAAAUAGCUACAAAAGAUCUGCUGCUCUCAGCCAAUUUGUGAUCCACAGAAGCUUGUGCAUCAGCACCAUGCAGGCAGUUUUCUCUUCAGUGUUUUACUUUGCUUCCGUUCCCCUCUAUCAAGGCUUUCUCAUAAUUGGGUAUUCUACCCUCUAUACCAUGUUUCCAGUAUUCUCUCUAGUCCUGGACAAAGAUGUCAAAGCAGUAGUGGCCAUGUUGUAUCCAGAGCUCUACAAAGAUCUCCUGAAGGGAAGGCCGUUAUCUUAUAAGACAUUUUUAAUCUGGGUGUUAAUAAGUAUCUACCAAGGCAGCAUAAUUAUGUAUGGUGCACUUCUGCUUUUUGAGUCCGAAUUUGUCCACAUUGUGGCAAUUUCCUUCACAUCCUUGAUCCUCACCGAACUGUUGAUGGUGGCACUGACCAUCCAGACGUGGCACUGGCUCAUGAUAGUGGCAGAAUUACUCAGCCUCUCAUGCUACAUUGCCUCGCUGGUCUUCUUACAUGAAUUUAUUGAUGUUUACUUCAUAACAACCUUAUCAUUCUUAUGGAAGGUGACUGUGAUCACCCUAGUCAGCUGUCUUCCUCUCUAUGUCCUAAAGUACCUGAGACGAAGGUUUUCUCCCCCAAGUUAUUCAAAACUGACAUCAUAGGAGCAAGGACUCAGUUUUCUUCUUUGCACAGUGCUUACAGACUCAAUAAAAGUGUACUCAUCAUAAUCAGAGCUAUGUCCGACAGUUGGAAAGGAAUCUGCAUUGGCUGGAGAACACUGCUGAAAGACUGAAUAAUUCAGUUAAAAGAAAAACCUCAGUCAAAUGAAGCAGGGAGAACUUGUAUGGGUGAUCCAGUUUUGACACUUUAUAUUUAUCAAACUGAAAACAAAUGCAUGUAACUGGGAAGAAAAAAACUGUCUGCCUGUGAUGGGUCUACUUAUCUGGAAAGUGCUGAGUCCGCUGUUGAUAUGACAAAUUUUUCAAAUGUAUUUUCCUUUUUAUGGGGGUUGACUUAUUUAAUCUCCUCAUUUUUUUAUUGCUACUUAUCUUUUGAGUUCAGGUUCUCAUUGUAAACAUUUUCUGUGCCUUGGGAAAUGCUUUCAACUGAGUGACACAACAGUGUACAGUUAGCAGACCACUGUACAUACCUCAUGCCGUGCUGAUCUCUUUGAUGUGGUCCAAUGCAAAUCAGAGUUACCAAUUUCUGUUGGCUACACUUUCCUUGAAUACUCUGAGAAAAAGGAAUUCACAGAUGAGUCUUUCUGGUUAUGACAUGUUGCGAUUGUUUUCUAAAGGGAAUGUGCAUUAUUCAUAAAGAGUAAAUUAUUGAAAAGUUUGUGGGGAGAAGAAAAUUGUAGUCCCAUAUCCUGGUUCUGCAAGGACAAACAGCCCAUUUAUUAUCACUAAUGUAAGAGUGGAAAAUCAUUUGCAGAAAAGAAGCCAAACAGUCAGAAGCUCAAGUUUCACCCUACAAUUCAUCACCAUCAUCUCUGCCACCUCCAGCAUUCUUUUUCUGAGGUUUCCUCCAAAUGGGUCAUCAGCUAAAAACAAGUUUGGCUGCCAGAACCAAAGAGAAUAAAGUGAAUGAGAUAAUUGACAGGUAAGAAAAAGAAUCAGACAUUAGGGCUGGGCAAGGCUUUGAACAAACAUCAGGACUCAGACUGAUGCAAAAUACUUCAGUGAGGUGCUACCUCAAUGGCUUGAUCUGUUCUGUCCAGGCAUAAAGCCCCUUGUCACUGCCUUCUUGGAUACUUGUUGAGCAUCCCUAUUAAGAAUCAAUUCUUAAUGCUAAUUCUCCCAUGCAUAUCCCCCAACUCACAUUACCACUAACCACCAAGUCUGUGCUUGAUGAGGUAAUUAAUAUUUUAUCCUAGUAUGCAGGUUUUAUUAGACUUUUCCCCAAGUACUUUAUGGCGAUUAUAAAUACACAGUUAGGUCCUCCCUCUGGAAAAUAAAGAAGAAAAAGUGGGAAUUCUUCUUUGGAGUUUAGAUUUCAUGUAGGAGAGAAAUGUGAUCUAGAAUGUUAUACACAGUUGAGUUGAACAAAUCCUUUGAACAGCGGUGCUUCAAACUGGACACAGUAUUCCAAGUGGGGUAUGACCAGGCAGAGUAGAGUGGAACAAUUAAGCACAUGAUCUGGACUCUAGUCAUACUAAUGCACUCCAAGAUAACAUUUGCCUUUGUAACAUCACACUGCUGGCUCUUGUUUAAUUUCUGGUCAAUAAGGACAUCCAGAUCCUAUUACCCUGCUGUCCAGCAGGAUUCCCUCCCCUGUACUUGCACCUUUCAUUUUAUCUUCUCAAAUGCAGAAUUUAACAUUUCUCUAUGUUAAAUUCCAUCCUCUUCACUUCAACCCAUUGCUUAAGCCUGAUUAGAUAUUUUGAAUCUUAUUUCAUUCCUGAAAAGUAUUAGCUGCUCCCAGCUUUGUGUCAUCUGCAGACUUGACAAGCAUCCCCUCAACUCCCUCAUCCAAGACAUUGAUAAAAAUGUUGAACAGCACAGGGUGUUGUGAUAGCACUCCACUUGAAACUUUCCUUCAAACUGAAAUGAGCCCUUUUGGAGCAUGGUCACUGAGGCAAUUU